UCUCCGCUUGCUUACGCAAACCGAGAGUAGGUCCGUGAGCGCAGCUCAGUGUUUUGAACGAUGGGGCAUACAGUGUUUUCGUUGAGUGUUUCUAAAAUUUUAAAUUAAAUGUUGACAUAAAAUAAACAUUUUCUGAUGGGGUGCUACUGUCAGUGAAAUUGUGAUCCAAUUCGAAAAUGUAUGCAAAAGGAAAAGGUUCCACUGUCCCUUCAGAUGCCCAAGCACGCGAAAAAUUGGCGCUGUAUGUUUAUGAGUACUUGUUGCACGUUGGUGCCCAAAAAGCAGCACAGACAUUCCUAUCUGAGAUAAGAUGGGAGAAAAACAUCACAUUAGGAGAACCUCCAGGAUUCUUACACUCUUGGUGGUGCGUAUUCUGGGAUCUGUAUUGUGCGGCCCCUGAGAGGAGGGACACUUGUGAGCACUCCAGUGAAGCCAAAGCAUUCCAUGACUAUGGAUUUGUGAACUCAGGCUAUGGAGUCAACGGUUUAUCGCAUAACACGGGACCAGCACCGAGUCCCAUGAGUCAGAUGCCUCCCAACGAUGGUAUGCCAGGAGGCCCCAUGCCUCCGGGAUUUUUUCCUAACUCCGCCAUGAGGCCGUCACCACCUUCACAACCAUCCCCGCAUGGUCAGAUGAUGGCUAGUCAGCCUUUCAUGGGCCCUCGCUACCCUGCCGGCCCCCGCCCCGGAGUAAGGAUGCCUCAGCUAGGCAACGACUUUAGUGGGCCACCAGGUCAGCCUAUGAUGCCAAAUACAAUGGACCCCACCAGGCAAGGUGAGGGCGGAGAGUAUGUAGGGUGGCAAGGCCCCCCAGGAAUGAGUCCAAUGAACCCUCGCAUGAAUCCGCCUCGUGGCCCCGGAUUGGGACCAAUGGGCCCAGGCUCCUACGGCCCAGGAAUGAGGGGACCACCACCAAGUAGUACUCUAGGCCCAGGACCUGGACCUGGUGGCCCAGGAAUGCCUCCCAUGUCCAUGUCUGGACCUGGUGGCAGACCCCAGUGGCAACCUAAUACUUCCACUCCGAUGAACUAUUCCUCGUCAUCACCUGGAAAUUAUGGUGGACCUCCGGGAUCGAGUGGACCACCAGGCCCGGGAACACCUAUAAUGCCCAGUCCGCAAGGUUCAGUGGGCCCCUAUUCCCCUGCUAGUCAUCGAAUGCCCACUCCCAGUCCUGUCACAAGACAAGAUUCGUCCAACUCUGGGGGCGAGAAUAUGUACACAAUGAUGAAGUCAGUACCUGGAGGAAACAUGCCAAAUGACUUUCCAAUGGGCGGUGGGCCGGAGAGUGGAGGCAUGGGAGGGCCGAUGGGCCCCAACACAAUGGGCGCAGUCAUGAAUGGAGACGGACUGGAUGGCAUGAAGAACUCUCCGGCCAACGGUGGACCUGGCACCCCACGUGAAGACAGCGGCAGUGGCAUGGGGGACUAUAACCUUGCGGGGUUCGGUGGGCCGAAUGAGAAUGACCAAACCGAAUCAGCUGCCAUUCUCAAAAUAAAGGAAAGCAUGCAAGAAGAAGCGAAGAGGUUCGAAAAAGACUCCGACCAUCCGGAUUAUUUCAUGCAAUAACACCCCCCCUCAUCAUCCCUACCACCCCUCCUCUCCUCUUCAACCUCCUCAUCCUCAACAUCAUCAUCAUCCUCCUCCUCUUCCUCCUCCUCCUCAUCCUCUUCAGCAUCUCGGCUUGCGAUCUGAUCACUAUAAUAAUAUUAUUUAUUUUAGUCAUUAUAACACAAAAACUUUAUAUUAAAACACAAACCUGUAGGUUACGUUUGACUUUUAACCCUUUGACUAGUUUCUUGGCUAAUGUUACCGCAAUAAACAAGCAGAACAAUGUCGAUUAAAUUUUGCUUCCAAUAUCUAAACAAAUUUCUAAACUUGAUAAUAUUUUACGCUAUUAUAAUUAUACCUUUUUAUGUAACUAAUAAAUUAUUCCAACACUAAUAGCGAGUUGAAUUUCAAUAAUAUAAUUAUAAAAUAUAUCUAAUUUAUUUUGUAAUUAUUUGAAAUAAUGAAUUUUACCAAAAAACACAGUUUAAAACAUUGUUCUAACGUUGACAGCUCCAGGUUAGACCAGGUUGUUUUAUCUCUAUUUUAACUUUUAUUUUAAAUUAGGAACUUUUUAAUUAUUUUUUUUGAAUUUGAGGGAAUGCUAUUCUGAACAUCAUAAUCCCAUUUCAAUAGUCUUAGCUUUUCAUCCUCUUAUAAGAACUAUUUAUGUUCCUCGCUUUUAGAAAGUAUUUUUGUAUUUGAGUGAUAGCCCCUUCGAUAUUAUUUUACAAAAUUAUAUGUAGAUCAUACCACUGUUUCAGUCUAUACUAAUGAGAUAUUGUUACGAUUAAGCAUUAUGUAUAUUUAGUAUCUAUCCGAUGUUGAGUAUCUGUGAUUUUUUUAUAGUAUUAUUGAGGUCAUACAAUCACAAGUAUUAGAUUUUAAUAUUGUUCUACUAUUUCCAUCCCAUAGAAAAGUUACCUAGGAACAUUAUCUUAUGAUAUUAUUUAUAAAAAAACACGAAUUAUUACUCUAAAUAAAAAUACAUUCAGGCGAUGAUAACUCAUUGAAGAUUUUAAUUAUUAUUAAUUUAUUAGUGUUGUCUAUUUUUUGUUGAACAAAAACAACAUUCGAAAAUAGUAUGAAAAUUUGCGCACAUAUCUCAAUUGAAAAUAUUGUCCCUAACUCACGAAAUUCCUUCCCAAUAAAUUACCUAUUAUUAUUAUUAUUAUCGUUGAAAUUUUCACAUAAUAUUUUGUUACUAGGUUGUUUACGAGUCAUUAGUUAGAUUCUUGCAAUUCCUUUCAACUGUAAAUGGAGAACUAACUACUUUUAUUCUCAUUUCUUCCAAUUGUUAUCGCGAUUACAAACUGUCAGUUGAGCAUUUCAAGCUGCACAAUCAAUCCAUCAUAAAUUUCCAAAAACCUUUUUUAUGUCUUGAACAAACUGUGAAUUCGCCAAUCUAGUUGCAUGUAUUAUUACCUUGAGAAAAUAUAAUUAUUAUGAUAUUAUAAUUAUAUGUAUGAUAUUAUAUGCCUUGUUUACUGAUAUUUUUAUUGAUAGGUCAUAAUGAGAUUGUUGUCAGUAUCGUCUCUAGUGUUAAUUGUGACCAUGUAUUAUUGAUAAUGUAUGUUUUAAGAUGAGAUAUGUAAACUCAUGAAAACUAUUAUAUUAUAAUAGAACAUCACAAUAUUAUUAGAUUACCUCCACAUUCUAAAUGCAGUGUCCUUACGUUUGCAAACGAUUCUUUCAAAUACUCAUAAAAUGACUAUUAUUUUAUUUAUUUAAUGUUUUUGUGUCAGUGUCAGAAGUCCCAAAGAAAUUUGCUGGUGUCUCAUACAUGUCAUAUUUAUUAAUGUGUAACUGUAACUGAAUUCGUAUGUACUAUUCUCUAUGUAUCACUCAGUUAAAUUACUGUAUAAAUAUAGAUAUAAUGAAUAUACAUCACUUGAAUUUAUAUUACUAGUCAAAGGGUUAAUUAUUGAGAUUAAUAAGGAAGUGAGCUGCCGACUAGGCAGCUAGAUAAAUUUUACUGUAUUAAGCGGAAGCAAGUGGUGCAAUGCAAUAAGCAAUAAUGUUCACUGUAUCACCUACUAUUUCGUUUGUAAGACUAUCUAAUUUUGUUACACGUCUUCUUCACUAAGAUAUCGUUUUCAUUAUAGUUCCUAUUAUCAACUUUCAACCCUUUACUACUCAUCUAUCUUGAAUCUAUUAAUAUUUUGUUCUUAUUUACAAUUUGUGUUGAAUGAUUCAAUCAAUGUUCCUCAACUGAUGCAAUAAUAUUUGCAUCUCUCAACCCAUUGUACUGGUAACAUCAUUCCACUCUACUUGGCAAAUAAAAGCACUGUUAUCUUGUAUUAAGGUAAUAUGCUUAUUUAGGCAACAUCUGGGAUUUCAAUUUUCUAUUGAAAAUGGCAUCUACAAUUUGUAUGUACAUAAAAGUAAAUUCACCAAAUCUAAAAAUAAACCCAUUCACCCUUCUCUCUAAGUGUGAACCGUGUUUGUCUCAUUCAAUUGUUUUUUUUUCGCUUUUGUUGUUGAACUAUUCAUGGAAAUCGAAGGCUACUAAACAAGGGCACUCAUCAAAAAAACAACUUAGGCCUAUAGUUAGUUCUAAUGUAAUUGAUAAUAUUAAAAAAUGAACUAAAAACAACUGUUUAUUGUUUUCAUUCAAGAAAAGGUUAGAUUCAUUAAUUUCAUCUUUGAUUAUUUUAAUGAAGCGGUUACCCAGCUGAGAAAAAUCAAGGGACCAAAAAGGAUACUGUAGUUUAUGAGGCAAAUCAUUCAGUUCCAGUGCACUUGGAAUUGCAUAGACUCAACUCGUUUCUCAUCUAAUACUCACACUUUUCAUUGAUUAAUAGUUAAAUCUCAUGCUAUGUAUGGUAAAAACGUGGACUAUUUUUUAAGUGGCGUAAAUUCGAAAUCAAAACAAAUACAAAACGAUGAAUAUUCUCUCAAGUCCUCCUUUUUAAAAAUCCUUAAAUAGGCAUAUUUCAUUUUUUUAGAGCUCUACCAUUUGAAUUGAUUGAAUCAUUCCUUAUCUGUACUUGUGUAUUGUUUGCUUUUUGUACGAUUUAUCUUUUCAACAAAAUAUCACUUUGAAAUUUUAAUAUGAAAAUUCAGUUUCCCUAUUGACUAGGCCUAUCAUGUAAUUAGUAGCCUAUAAUGUCAUGAUUUAGUAAUUUUUGUUCGAUAGCAAGAUAAUAUCCUUCUAUUUGCACGUGUUAAUAUGAUGAAUUUGAUGAUUAAUUUAUCUAUAGCAUUGAAUAGUUACAUCACAUUCGUAUUGGGAAGAGCAAAUUCUAAUGUAUAGGUCGGAGGAAUUGCUGUAUAUUAUUGAUGCGACUAUGUCUCCAUGAUUAGCUUUGUGAUGUCUUGCACUGGAAAUGUUGAGUUAGAAUUAAACUGCGUGAUAUAACUGUGAAUGUUAUUCCUCACAUUUGUCAGAAACAUUCCAUUAAUGGUUAUCAAAAUUUUUUCACAUUUGCUGGAAGAUUUAAACUUGUCUAACGAUAUUCAAUAGAAAUUUUGAAAUUUCUAAAUGUUGAUAACCGGAAACAUAAUAUAAAUGAGAUAGUUCAAGAAAUACUCCCUUUGGUAAUUGGAAACAAUUUUAGAAUAAUUUUAUUCAAAUUGUUUUACCAUCAAAAUUCAGAUUGAAUACUUUCAAUAGCCUAUGGCGUACCUAAACUGAGUGUACAUUUUUACAUUAGGGAGGCACCAUAAUUAUUGUAAAUUCAAUCAAUGACCACCAAUGUUGGCAAUCGCCGAUUUCAGUAUUAUAUUUCCGUAAUAAUCAAGCACAAAGUUGACAACUAUGAAUUUUGCAAGACUGAUGUAUUCAAUGUCUACAGUGUUUGAUAAUUUAUGUGCUGAUUACUUUAUUUCGUUGAAAUAAACCAAUGUUUCUUCGCUAUAAUAGAAAUAAUUAUUGUAAAAACUCCACAAUAAAGUUGAUGAUGUAUUAAAAA